AUGGAUUUGGGAAGUGACGGGAUGGAGCCUAAUUUACGCCAGGAGCAUGUGGUCUGCUCCAAUAAGUCACAGUUGACGGAGGAGAGAGGUCAACACCUGCUGUUCUUCAAGGAGAGGAUCAAAGACUACAACCUGACCAUCGAAGCUGUUAACUGCACCUACCAGACCAUCGGUACUAUAUACAGAAAGCCUACGCCUACUCAUCUCUUUGCUUCUCAGAUAGGCUUGCUCACCUUUUCAUUCUUGCAGAAAAAAUUUGGAAGCCGAAGUAAUCAUCCCGAGAAGCUGAGCGUGUUGUUGAUGGGCACUGAUGCAGUGUCCCGCUACAACGCCAUCCGUCACAUGCCUAAAACUUACCAAUAUGCUGUGGAGAAGCUCGGAGCUCUGGACUUCCGUGGUUACAUUAAAAUAGGAGAAAAUACCUUACCAAACAUGUAUGAAAUAAUGUUUGGAUUCACCAUUCAGGAAAUUGGAAAACAUGAGUGCGUUCAGAAGACGAGAUAUCAGGACAGUUGUCCGAUAAUAUGGAAAGACUUUGACCAGGAAGGCUAUCUGACAGCCUACGGCGAGGAUGUUUACCCAAGAGGUAUUUUUGACUACGGCUACAAUGGUUUUACAGAUCAUCCUGUUGACUUGUCGCCUCUUAAUGCUUAUAUGAUAGCCGGACGGACUGCUCAUUAUCUUCAAGGUUAUCCAUCAAUUUACAGUAAUUGCGAGGGACCCAGGAUGAGGAUAGGGGUGUUUCACAACUAUUCACUUGCAGUAGCAGAGGAAUUCAAGGACGUCCCGUAUUUUGGAUUUUAUAUGUCUGGAACACUAACGCAUGAUGGAUACGUAAUGCCACGCAUCGUUGACGAUAAAUUAAUAAGACUGAUGACGGAAUUCCAUGAGAAUGGUUAUCUCAACCAUACAGUUGUCUUCCUCUUCAGUGACCAUGGACUGCGUUAUGGCCCCUACCGUCACACAUAUAUUGGCAGAAUCGAGGAAAGAUUACCACUUUUUCUGGCUGUGUUCCCUCCCUGGUUCAAGAAGGUCUACCCGCUGCCCUGGAAGAACCUGGUAACCAACACCAGAAGACUCAUCUCUAACUUAGAUUUUCACGAGACACUACACAGUCUGGCGCAUGGAGACUUCGCCACCAACACAAUACGAGCCAAGGUCCCUGGAAGAGGUCAGAGCUUGUUUGAGGAGGUCCCUGACACCCGGAUCUGCUCCGAUGUGAAUGUUAAUGAAUUUUUCUGCGCCUGCGAGAUAUCUGUUGGAGUAAGUAUAGUGGAUCCUGCAGUCAUUGCAGCAGCAGAAGCAGCUACUCAAGAUAUUAAUAUACUUCUUCAGCCGUUCUCAGACUGUGUAACCUUGAGAAUGGAUAAGGUUAUGAGUGCUCGCCUGGUGCUUCCCAGCAACUCGACGCAAUCACAAUAUGAGAAGCAUAAGGUGGCUACUUACAUUAUAGAGUUCCAGACCCAACCAGGUGGAGCCCUGCUGGAGGCCAUGGUGAGGAAGAACCAGCAGAACUUCACAGUAGUAGGAGAACCACUGAGGACCAACAAACAUAGCACUCAAAGCCACUGCCUCAAACACAAGUUUAAGAAAUACUGCUACUGUAAAGAUCUUCUCCAACCAUAAGACACCAAUUAUCUUCAAUCGAAAUAUCUCAAACAGUAUUAAUGUUUGUCACUUUGAUGAAGUCUCUCCGACAGCACAAAACUAUGCAACUCACUCCACACAAAACAACAUAGAUAUAUUCUCUCUACAUACGAGAUCAGUUAUAUUAUCCAGACAUACAAUUAACUUCUUCAACCACAAUAAUUGCAAUCAGUGGAGCCUUUGUAAAUUCAUCUUUUCUAGUCAAAAAUCAAACAAAACUAGUCCAGGUUAAAAGAGUUUAGCUCCUUUCUACAAAUAUUUUAAUAUAGUUAACGAAAGAUUAGCAGAUUUGUACAGUCAUAACUACACUUGCUGCCUCUGUAUGUGACUGAAGAAGUCUACCGUGUAGGCGAUACCCUUCAACAAUAAAG